CCGUGGCACGUUAUCGCUCCUUAAGAGGCGCCAUUUCAGACGUGUCCGUCGUCGGUAUCACGAACCAUCUCUGGAUACUUCACUUGUACUGAACGGAAUCCAUAUGGAUUCCUUUUCCUUCUAAUUUCUUUCUGCGAUUUCUUUCUUCUUUGAUACCGUUCUCAGAAUAUUCGAUAAUCACAAUCAAACUUGUAAUAUGUUGGAGGACCAAGUAGCCUAUUUGUUGCAGAGGUAUCUCGGCAACUAUGUUCGUGGCCUUAGCAAAGAAGCUCUCAAAAUCAGCGUUUGGAGGGGUGAUGUAGAAUUAACAAAUAUGCAACUGAAGCCGGAGGCGCUCAAUGCGCUGAAGUUACCUAUAAAGGUUAAGGCAGGGUUUCUUGGAUCAGUGAAGCUUAAGGUUCCUUGGAGCAGGAUUGGUCAAGAACCGGUUUUGGUAUACCUGGAUCGUAUAUAUUUAUUAGCCGAACCUGAGACCCAGGUUGAAGGGUAUAGUGAGGAUGCCAUUCAAAAAACUAAGAAAUCCCGAAUACAUGAUAUGGAAAUGAAGAUGCUGGAGAGCAGGCAGAUCUUAACCACAGAAAUGAACAAAUCAUGGCUGGGGUCCUUCAUCAACACAAUAAUUGGAAAUUUGAAGCUAUCGAUAUCAAGUAUUCACAUCAGAUAUGAGGACCUUGAAAGCAACCUUGGCCACCCAUUUGCUGCUGGUGUGACCUUGGAGAAACUCUCAGCUGCGACGGUUGAUGAUAGUGGGAAGGAGGCUUUUGUCACCGGUGGUGCAUUAGAGCUCCUCCAUAAGUCUGUUGAACUUGAAAGGCUGGCUGUUUAUUUGGACUCUGAUAUUAGUCCAUGGCGCAUUGCAAAACCAUGGGAGGAUUUGCAACCCUUUGAAUGGGAUCAGAUCUUCAGUUUUGGCACAAAGGAUGGAAAACCAGCCAGCGUUCUUGCUCAGACACACACAUACAUUCUGCAACCUGUAACUGGAAGUGCCAAUUAUUCAAAACAGCGUACAAGUUCUCCCGAUCGAGAUCAACCUCUACAGAAAGCAGCAGUGAGCUUGGAUGAUGUGACGAUUUGUUUGUCAAAGAGUGGUUAUAGGGAUUUGCUGAAGUUAGCUGAUAAUUUUUCUGCAUUUAACCAAAAACUAAAAUAUGCUCAUUUCCGUCCCCUUGUCCCGGUGAAAUCUGAUCCGAGAUCAUGGUGGAAGUAUGCCUAUAGAGCUGUUUCAGACCAGAUGAAGAAGGCAAGUGGGAGAAUGUCUUGGGAGCAGGUCCUGAAGUAUGCAACCUUACGUAAAAGAUACAUAUCUUUGUAUGCUUCACUCCUAAAAUCUGACCCCGGUCGAGAAAUCAUUGAUGAUGAUGAGGACAUUGAAGAACUAGAUCGCGAACUUGAUAUUGAGCUCAUAGUUCAAUGGAGGAUGCUGGCACACAAGUUCUUGGAGAAGUCGGCGCAGUCUGAUAUUUACUUGAAGAAACAGAAUACAAAGAAAUCAUGGUGGUCAUUUGGAUGGAACAGCGAAUCUGUUGAAGAUGAAAAUCAACCUGGGUACUUUACCGAUGAGGAUUGGAAACAAUUGAAUGAAAUCAUUGGAUACAAGGAAGGUGAUAACGAUGAACAGUUGCUGAAGAAAGAUGACGAGGGGGACGUCCUUCAUACAUUGCUAGAGGUCCACAUGAAACAUAAUGCCUCAAAACUUGCUGAAGCUCAUGAGUUUGUUGCUGAAUUAUCAUGCGAGAACCUUGGUUGUUUGAUGAAGUUCUACAAAGAUGCAAAAGUUUUUGACAUGAAGUUGGGAUCUUAUCGGUUGUCGUCACCUGAUGGUCUCCUUGCCGAGAGUGCAACAUCCUAUGAUUCAUUAGUUGGGGUCUUCCACUAUAAACCCUUUGAUGCUAAGGUGGAUUGGAGUAUGAUUGCUAAGGCUUCUCCAUGUUAUGUGACGUAUCUCAAGAACUCCAUCGAUCGAAUUGUUAACUUUUUUGAAAGCAAUGCUGCUGUGAGUCAGAAGAUAGCCUUGGAAACAGCCGCUGCUGUGCAGCUUACCAUUGAUGAGGUUAAGCGCUCAGCACAACAACAAGUAAACAAGGCCUUAAAGGAUCAUACCAGGUUCUUCUUGGAUUUGGAUAUAGCAGCCCCCAAGAUCACAAUUCCAACUGAAUUUUCUCCAGACAAUUGUCAUUCCACGAAACUCUUGCUUGAUCUGGGAAACUUGAUAAUUCGUACUCAGGAUGAUCACGAUGACGUUUCUCCAUCUGGCAUUGACAUUUUUUUCCAAUUCGAUGUGGUUUUAAGUGAUGUAUCUGCUUUUUUUGUUGACGGUGACUAUCUAUGGAGUCAACAUUCUCUGAAAGGGUCUGACCGUUCUUCACAGUCUAGCAUCGUUAGUUUUUUGCCUGUUAUUGACAAGUGUGGUGUGACUUUAAAGCUUCAACAGAUCCGAUCAGAGGACCCCUCUUCCCCCACAACAAGAUUGGCUGUGCGGCUUCCUUUCCUGGGAUUUCACUUCUCCCCAGCGCGUUAUCAUAGACUGAUGCAAGUUGUAAAGAUCUUUCAAGGGGAGGACAAUGAUACUGACAAUCUUGUCCGUCCUUGGGAUCUAGCUGAUUUUGAGGGGUGGUUAUCUGUUCUAAGUUGGAAGGGUGUGGGAAGUAGGGAGGCUGUCUGGCAGCGAAGAUAUUUCUGUUUAGUAGGGCCUUUCCUCUAUGUGCUUGAAGCACCUGGUGCUAGGUCAUACAAGCAAUCUUUCAGCUUGCUUGGAAAACAAAUCUGUCGUGUCCCACCUGACAUUAUUGGCGAAGUAGAAAAUGUGUUGGCUGUUUGUCGUACAGAGCGAUCCAUCAGCAAGGUUGUCGAAGAUGCAAACGCCUUGAUAUUACGAUGUGAAUCAGAAGAAUCAAGGAAAAACUGGAAAAGUUUGUUGCAGGGGGCUAUUUAUCGGGCAUCGGGUUCUGCUCCUAUCACUGGUCUAUCAGAAACUUCAUCAGAGUCGGAAGAUUCAGAAGUAGAAGAGGUUCACAAGCUUGAAAUGAAGGAUGUUUCUAUGAUGGAGAAACUGUUUAUAACCGGUGUUUUAGAUGAGCUGAAAAUGUGCUUUAACUAUAGUACUCAGACCGAUCGGAAUCUUAUAAAGGUGCUUCUGGCUGAGGAGAGUCGUUUAUUUGAACUGCGAGCAAUAGGUGGCCGGGUUGAGCUUUCGAUUAGAUCAAAUGACAUGUUCAUUGGAACUGUCCUGAAAGCUUUGGAGGUAGAAGAUUUAGUAUCAUGCAAGGGGGUGCUUCAACCUUGUUACAUGGCACGUUCAUUUAUUCGUCAUGCAGAUGCUCCUUCUGUGUUUCAUACUGUCGAAGAUCAAGGUUAUGGUGGCAACGAUAAAAAUCAAAGUGAAGGAGACGAUCGGUUUUACGAGGCAUCUGAUAGCCUAAAUGAUCCAGUUGAUAGUACAGGGAAUGAAUUUGAGCACUCAAGGUCUCUACCAUCAGACAGAACAAUUUUGAAGACCCCAAGUUUUAGUCGUAUUGCUGGAUUGCUACCAGAUGAUGCUAGUCAAGCUGGGGAAAGUAACUUUGAAGUUACCGACACAUUAGAUAGUUUUGUGAAAGCUCAAAUAGUUUUCAUUGAUUCGAACUCUGUUCUCUAUGAUAAUAUUGAUAAACGCGUGAUGGUUACUCUAGCAACUUUGUCAUUUUAUUGUAGAAGGCCUAUGAUCGUAGCAAUUAUGGAAUUUGUUACCGCUAUCAGCGUUGAGGAUGACAGUUGUGAAUCCUUCAGUGACCAUUCUUCAACAGCCAACGUGAAUGAUAGCUCUAGGGAAGUUGAAGUCGAUAAUCAAUCAUCUGCUGCUGAUGAGUCCAAAGUCAGAGGUCUGCUGGGCAAGGGGAGGUCCAGAACGAUAUUCUUUUUGACACUGAAUAUGGCUCGUGCUCAAAUUCUAUUGAUGAAAGAAGAUGGGACUAAGCUUGCGACUAUGUCACAAGAUAAUUUUUUAACUGAUAUAAAGGUUUUUCCAUCUUCUUUUAGCAUAAAGGCAUCCCUUGGGAACCUGAAAAUAAGCGAUGAUAGUCUUCACAGCAGCCAUAUGUAUUUCUGGGCUUGUGAUAUGAGAAAUCCAGGUGGCAGUUCAUUUGUGGAGUUGGUUUUCAGUUCUUUCAGUGCUGAUGAUGAGGACUAUGCUGGGUUUGAUUAUAGCCUUAUUGGACAGCUUUCAGAAGUAAGACUGGUGUACCUGAAUCGAUUCAUUCAGGAGGUUAUUAGUUACUUCAUGGGCCUUGUUCCUAACAACUCGGUGGACGUUGUCAAAGUGAAAGAUCAAGUCACAGAUUCAGAGAAGUGGGUUAAGACUAGCGAAAUUGAAGGCUCACCUGCUGUGAAGUUGGACCUUUCAUUGAGGAAACCUAUAAUUCUAAUGCCUCGUAGAACAGACAGCCUUGAUUAUCUGAAGCUAGAUAUUGUUCACAUAACUGUCCAGAACACGUUUCAAUGGUUUGGGGGUACAAAAAAAGAGAUGACUGCUGUUCAUUUGGAUAUAAUGACAGUGAAGGUUGAAGACAUAAACUUAAAUGUUGGCAUGGGAACAGAAUUGGGUGAAAGUAUUAUUCAUGAUGUGAAGGGCGUUUGCAUUGUUCUUAGGAGGUCACUUCGUGAUUUGUUACAUCAAGUUCCAAAUACAGAAGUUGCAAUCAAGGUAGAUGAACUGAAAGCCGCUCUCUCCAAUAAAGAGUAUCAUAUUAUUUCAGAAUGUGCAUUGUCUAACUUCUCAGAGACUCCAAAUGCAAUUCCCUCUCUACAAAACACCGCUGUGUCGACUUCUGCUGAUCAUAUGGAUCCUUUAGUUCGUCAAGAUUCAGAAGGUCAUGGAAAUGAAGCUCAAAAUGAACCAGCUUGGAUUUCUAUGAAGGUGUCUGUUGUUGUUGGUCUAGUUGAAAUGUCCCUUCAUUAUGGCAUGGCCAGGGAUGCAUCACUUGCAACACUGCAGGUCAGUGGUCUAUGGGUACUCUACAAAGCUAAUACGCUGGGAGGAGGUCUUCUCUCGAUGACCCUGAAGGGUUUCACUGUGCAUGAUGAUCGUGAGGGGACAGAAGAAGAGCUUAGGCUUGCUGUACGGCAGCCCAAGAGUCUGCGAUACAGUCCUGAUUUAGAGGCUCUCAAUGAGGACAGCCAAAUGGUCACAGAAAAUGUUGUGAAAGAUGAUGAGAUAUUAGGGGUUCCCACAAUGCUAAUUCUUGAUGCUAACUUUAGUCAGUAUUCAACAUCUUUAUCUUUAUGUAUCCAAAGGCCACAAUUGCUUGUUGCACUCGACUUCCUGAUGGCGGUUGCCGAGUUUUUUGUACCUACGGUACGUGGCAUGCUGUCAAACGAUGAGGACGAAAAAUCAUCAUAUGUUGUUGAUGCGCUUGUUCUGGAUAAACCAACUUUUAAUCAAAGCAAUGAGGUGCUCAUACUCUCUCCUCAGAAACCUUUGGUGGUUGAUGACGAAGCUUUUGACCAUUAUACUUAUGAUGGUAGAGGUGGAACUCUGUUGUUACAAGACAGAGAGGGGCAAAUGAUCGUAUCGACAAGUGUGGAAACUAUAAUUUAUAUUGGCAGUGGGAAAAGAUUGCAAUUCAAGAAUGUCACUAUCAAGAAUGGACAAUAUUUAGAUUUGUGUGUUUCACUAGGGUCUAACAGCAGUUACUCGAUUUUGAAAGAUGAUCAAGUUUUCUUGGAAGAGGAAAGUGCCUCACCAAAUACUCAAGAUGAAACUACCAAAAUUUCUUCUUUUCAAAGCAAUUCAACAAGCAGGCCAACAGAAACAUCCAUCGAGUUGCAGGUUAUAAGUCCCGAGCUUACUUUCUAUAAUUCAUCAAAAUAUGUUGGAGAGUCCCCACUCUUCUCUAACAAGUUUUUGCAUGCAAGAUUGGAUGCCUUCUGCAGGCUCGUACUGAAGGGAGAUACAGUAGAAAUGAGUGCGAAUGCUCUUGGUUUAACUAUGGAGAGCAAUGGGAUCAGAAUUCUGGAGCCUUUUGAUACUUCUGUCAAGUUCUCAAAUGCUUCUGGGAAGACAAAUAUUCAUGUUGCAGUUUCAGAUAUAUUUAUGAAUUUUUCAUUCAGCUCGUUACGACUAUUUUUAGCAGUCGAAGAGGAUAUAUUGAAGUUUCUGAGAAUGACAUCCAGGAAAAUGACGGUUGUCUGCUCCGAGUUUGACAAGCUUGGCACAUUUGAAAAUGCCUACAACAACCAAACUUAUGCAUUUUGGCGACCUCAUGCACCACCUGGCUUUGCUAUUCUCGGUGACUACCUGACAGCAAUUGACAAGCCACCGACAAAGGGAGUUCUUGCUGUGAAUACUCGCUAUGUAAAGAUCAAGAAGCCUGAGGCCUUCAAGCUAGUAUGGCCCCUUUCUGAUUCUCAAGGUGUUGACCUCCUUCAGUUUGUACCAAGCAAGGCCCUUGAAGAUGGGGCAGAAAGCUGUUCCAUUUGGUUUCCUGUGGCACCAAAAGGAUAUGCUGCUCUGGGCUGUGUGGUUUCUCCUGGAAGAACACAGCCUUCUGUCUCUUCUGUCUUCUGCUUACAUGCUUCUUUGCUAUCUCCAUGUGCAAUAAGGGAUUGUAUCACAAUCAGCUCUGGUCAUAUGCGGAGUAUGGCCAUGAUAUGUAGUGGCAGUUCUUCUGGAUUGGCAUUUUGGCGUGUGGAUAGUUCUCUUGGUACCUUCCUUCCAGCAGAUCCUGGGACUUUAAGUGUGGUUGGUAGAGCCUAUGAAUUGCGCCAUAUACUUUUUGGCUUCCGUGGAGGAUCUUCAAAAUCAUUGAAGGAUUCUGAGAUUCAAGCGCUUUCUUUUGAUCGUGAUAAUGUUCAAUCAGAGCGGUCAUCAACUGCAACUUCUGGUAGGCGUUUCCAGGCUGUUGCUAGUUUUCGUUUGAUAUGGUGGAAUCAAGGUUCAAAAUCUAGAAAGAAACUAUCCAUAUGGCGUCCUAUUAUUUCUCAAGGGAUGGUAUACUUUGGUGAUAUUGCUGUUAGAGGCUAUGAGCCUCCGAACACAUGCAUAGUUCUUUCUGAAGAUGAUGAGCCUUUUAAAGCUCCUAUUGGUUUUCAAAUUGUUGGGCAAAUAAAGAAACAUAGAGGAGCUGAAAGUAUAGCUUUUUGGGUGCCUCAGGCCCCCCCUGGCUAUGUUUCCUUGGGCUGCGUAGCAUUUAAGGGUACACCAAAGCAAUCUGAUUUUGGCUCUUUGAGAUGCAUGCGCAGCGAUAUGGUCACUGGGGAUGAAUUUUUGGAGGAGAGUAUAUGGGAUACUUCUGAUAUACGGUUCACCAAAGAAUCCUUUAGUAUAUGGGGAGUUGGUAAUGAGCUUGGAACCUUCAUGGUUCGCAGUGGUUUUAAGAAACCUCCCAGAAGGUUUGCUGUAAAGCUUGUAGAUGCUGACACACCAAGUGGUUCAGAUGACACAGUUGUUGAUGCAGAAAUUAGAACGUUCUCUGCUGCACUUUUUGAUGACUAUGGCGGCAUGAUGACGCCGUUGUUCAAUGUAUCGUUGAGCAACAUCGGAUUUAGUCUGCAUAGAAGGCCUGAUUAUUUGAACUCCACUAUUAGCUUCUCAUUAGCAGCCAGGUCAUAUAAUGAUAAACUUGAAGAUUGGGAGCCUCUUGUUGAACCAGUUGAUGGUGUCUUAAGGUAUCAGUAUGAUCUCAAUGUUCCAAGUGCUGCAUCUCAGAUACGGCUGACCACUACAAGAGAUCUUAACAUCAAUAUUACGGUGUCUAAUGCUAAUAUGCUUAUUCAAGCUUAUGCGAGCUGGAAUAAUCUUAGCCAAGUUCAUGAACCGUCUACUGCAAGGGAGGCAAUAUCUCCUUCGUAUGCCGGAACACCUAUCAUUGAUGUUCAUCACAGGAAAAAUUAUUACGUAAUCCCGCAAAAUAAACUUGGGAAGGACAUCUAUGUUAGAGCUACUGAAAUCAAGGGACUUCCACAUGUAAUCAAGAUGCCAUCUGGAGAAAAGAAGCCCUUGAAAGUACCAGUUUCGAAGAACAUGUUGGAUUCCCACUUGAAAGGAAAUCUCUACAAGAAACUCCGAUCAAUGGUGACAGUCGUCAUCUCACAGGCACAGUUUCCUAGAUUAGAAGGACUGGGGUCUCAUCAAUAUGGCAUUGCAGUCUGUCUAACUCCUGACCAAAGCUUCUCCAAUGGCGUGCUUCUUGGUCGACAAAGUGCACGCACGUGUGGUGCCAGCUCCAAUAGUGACGAAGUUUCUGAUCUUGAAUUGGUUACGUGGAAUGAAAUUUUCUUCUUUAAAGCAGAUUCACUGGACGGAUAUAAGCUGCAGUUGGUAGCAACUGACAUGGGGAAAGGUGUUCCUGUCGGAUACUUUUCUUCUUCUUUGAAGGAGCUACAAGGAAUCCAGGAUGAUUCAGCAGGGAAUGGAUUUGAGUGGCUUGAGUUGUCACCGGCCGACUCCACUAAGACAACUCAAGUAGAUACAUCCAAAACCACUUGUGGAAGAAUAAAAUGUGCUGUGCUUGUUUCACCACGAUCAAGAGUAGCAAAAACGGGGAAGGGCUUCACUGGGGACCGAAAUUCGGGUUAUAUACAGAUUAGCCCUACCAGAGAAGGCCCCUGGACCACAGUGAGGCUAAAUUAUGUUGCACAUGCUGCCUGCUGGCCAUUAGGCAAUGCUGUUGUUGCAAGUGAAGUCAUUGUGGAGGAUGGCAAUAGAUAUGUGAAUAUCAGGUCUUUGGUUUCAGUUUCUAACAACACAGAUUUAGUUCUUGAAUUGUGCCUCCAGCUUGAUGCUUCUAAUGAAAAUUUGGAUAACUUAGACAAUGCCAGAAAGGAAUCCUCAAUCGAUGAAAUAAAGACGGACGGAUUUUUUGAAACUGAAAAAUACGAUCCCGCAAUUGGCUGGGUUGGUACUUUUGUUCAAUCUGGCCAUGGCACCCUGGAUGUAAUGGAUGCUGACCAGGAUUCUUUUGGUGUAGUUCUUCCAGUGGGGUGGCAAUGGGUUGAUGAUUGGCAUCUGGACACGUCUGUUAGUCCUGUUAAGCUUGAAAACCACACAAGACAAAGGAGAUGGAUUCGUAACAGGAAAAGAACUUCGCAGGAUGUACAGAAACAGAUUUUUGUUGGAGAACUGAAACCUGGAGAAAGUCUUCCACUUCCACUUUUUGGACUCGUCCAUUCUGGAUUAUAUGUUCUGCAAUUGAGGCCUUCUGCUCUGAAUGAUCGUAAGGAAUAUUCAUGGAGCUCUGUGAUGGAUAAGCAUGUGUUGUCAGAAGAUGUUAAUACACCCAAACAAACUUCUGGUAUCCAUGUCUCAAAUCUGAAUGAAUCUGAGGAACUUCUAUUCUGCUCUGAAAUAAGCGGAUCAUCGUCAAGUAGGUCACAUGGAAUGUGGUUCUGUUUGGCCAUUCAAGCAUCUGAGAUCUCGAAGGACAUUCUUUCUGAUCCUAUUCAGGAUUGGAGUAUUGUAGUGAAGUCCCCUCUCUCUAUUACCAAUUAUCUUCCUCUGAUGGCUGAAUUUUCGGUUCUUGAGAUGCAAACAAGUGGUCAUUUUGUUGCAUGCUCUAGAGGUGUAUUUGCUCCAGGAGAAACUGUGAAGGUCCUGAAUGCUGACAUUAGAAACCCCUUGUACUUUUCACUGCUUCCACAACGGGGGUGGCUGCCAAUACAUGAGGCUGUGCUCUUAUCUCAUCCCUCUGUUGAUCCAGCAAAAACAUUAGGCUUAAGAAGUUCAGUUUCUGGGAGGGUUGUUCAUAUAGUUCUUGAACAGAACUAUGAGAGUGAAAGGCCUUUGGCACCAAAGAUCCUAAGAAUCUAUUCUCCCUAUUGGUUGACAGUUGCUAGAUGUCCACCACUUACUUUUAGGCUUGUUGAUAUGUCCAUAAAAAGAACAAAACGAAGCAUCUCCCUCCCUUUCAAGUCCAGAAAGACAAAUGAAGUAAUCCUAGAGGAGAUUACUGAGGAGGAAUUUCAUGAAGGCCAUACUAUUGCUUCAGCUCUGAAUUUCAAAUUGUGGGGCCUGUCGGCUUCUAUUAGUGACAAUGGAAAUGAUCAUUUUGGGGCUGUUGGAGAUCUUUCUCCACUUGGUGACAUGGAUGGUUCAUUGGGCAUCUCUGCUUAUGAUGCUGAUCAGAACUGCAUGCUUCUCUUCGUAUCUUCAAAACCAACCUCGUAUCAGUCUGUUCCAACAAAGGUGAUCACCGUGCGUCCAUUUAUGACGUUUACCAAUAGACUUGGUCGAGACAUAUAUUUGAAGCUAAGCAGUGAAGAUCCCCAAAAAUUGUUGCGAUCAUCUGAUGUACGAGUCCCCUUUGUUUAUCGUGAGACUGAUGGACCUAGUAAACUUCAGGUCCGAGCGGAAGGCACAGAAUGGUCAUUUCCGGUUCAAAUUGUGAGGGAGGACACCAUAUUUAUUGUUUUGAAGAAGGAAGAUGGUACUCAAGAUAUUUUGAGGACCGAAAUUCGAGGUUAUGAAGAGGGAUCGCGCUUUCUUGUUGUAUUCCGUUGUGGACCAAAAGAUGGUCCCAUUAGGAUUGAAAACAGAACAAGUAGCAAAGUUGUAAGAAUUCGCCAGUCUGGUUUUGGUGCUGAUGCUUGGAUCCGAUUAGAACCUCGUGCGAGUACCAAAUUCUCCUGGGUGGAUCCAUAUGGUGAAAAGUUUAUAGAUACUGAGGUGCAUAUCAAUAAUCAGGUUUCGCUAUGUAAACUAGAUAUGGAUAGGUCUGGAGCUUGUUUAGAAUGUGGUGAAGGAACGGGAUUGCUCUUCCAUGUGGUAGAAAUGGGUAAUAUCAAGGUUGCUAGGUUUGUCGAUGACAGGACAUCAGGAUCACAAUCAGAUGGACUUGGUAGAUCCUUGACAUCUUUUGAAAAUUGGAGGAGCGCCAACAUGCCGAGCAUAGAACAGGAAAAUGCAGCUCCUUUGGAGCUAAUAGUUGAAUUCGGAGUCGUUGGGGUGUCUCUUGUCGACCAUAGACCAAAAGAGGUCUCUUACCUUUACUUGGAAAGGGUUUUUGUAUCUUAUUCAACUGGCUAUGAUAGUGGGGCCACAAGCAGGUUCAAGCUGAUACUAGGUCAUUUGCAGCUUGACAAUCAACUUCCUUUGACAUUGAUGCCUGUCCUUUUGGCACCUGAAGAAGCCUCUGAUAUGCAUCAUCCAGUUUUCAAAAUGACUAUUACAAUAUGCAAUGAGAACCCUGAUGGUAUAGAGGUCUACCCAUAUGUCUACAUACGGGUAACUGACAAAACUUGGACAUUGAACAUUCAUGAGCCAAUAAUCUGGGCUUUCGUAGAGUUCUUCCGGAAUCUUCAACUUGAUCGUAUCCCCCAAAGUUCAAGUGUGGCACAAGUUGAUCCAGAGAUACAUGUCAACCUGAUAGAUGUUUCAGAAGUUCGGCUAAAGUUAUCUUUGGAGACUGCACCAGCUCAAAGACCUCAUGGAGUGCUAGGUGUCUGGAGUCCCAUACUAUCAGCAGUUGGAAAUGCAUUUAAACUUCAGCUCCACCUGAGGAAAGUAAUGCACCGAGACCGAUACAUGAGAAAAAGUUCUGUUGUUCCUGCCAUUGGUAACCGCAUCUGGAGAGAUCUUAUCCAUAAUCCCUUGCAUUUAAUUUUUUCUGUGGAUGUGUUGGGUAUGACAAGCUCCACAUUGGCUUCUUUAAGUAAAGGAUUUGCUGAGCUCUCAACAGAUGGACAGUUUCUGCAACUGCGCUCAAAGCAGGUGUGGUCAAGAAGGAUAACGGGGGUAGGGGAUGGAUUUUUACAAGGGACAGAAGCUCUUGCACAAGGUGUUGUUUUUGGGGUUUCUGGCGUAGUGAGAAAACCUGUUGAAAGCGCCAGACAGAAUGGUCUUCUUGGGCUUGCUCAUGGACUUGGGAGAGCCUUCCUUGGAUUCGUAGUACAACCAGUGAGUGGAGCACUGGAUUUCUUUUCAUUGACUGUCGAUGGAAUUGGUGCAAGUUGUUCGAGGUGCCUAGAAGUUAUAAAUAACAAGACCAUCAUACACAGGAUUAGAAAUCCACGGGCUAUUCGUGCUGACAAUGUCCUUAGAGAGUAUUGUGAGAGAGAAGCUGUUGGGCAGAUGAUGCUUUACCUUGCGGAAGCCAGUCGUCGGUUCGGAUGUACCGACAUAUUUAAGGAGCCGUCUAAAUUUGCAUGGUCUGAUCUCUAUGAAGAUCAUUUCAUUGUUCCAUACCACAGGAUCGUUUUGGUAACUAGCAAGCGAGUCAUGUUGCUUCAGUGUCUGGCUCCCGAGAAGAUGGAUAAAAAACCAUGUAAAAUCAUGUGGGAUGUGCCAUGGGAAGAUCUCAUGGCACUGGAGUUGGCAAAAGCUGGUAAUCCAAGACCUUCUCAUUUAAUCCUUCAUCUCAGAAACUUCAAAAGAGCAGAGAACUUUGUCCGGGUCAUCAAGUGUAGUACUGAAGAAGAAUCUGAGGGAAGAGAUCCCCAAGCUGUUAGGAUAUGCUUGGUGGUGCGUAAGAUGUGGAAAGCUUAUCAGUCUAGCUUGAAAAGCCUAAUACUGAAGGUCCCUUCUAGCCAGAAGCAUGUGUCUUUCGCUUGGAACGAGACUGAUUGGAGGAACUCUCGUAAUCAGAACAAAUCCAUCUUAAAGUCGAGAGAUUUCUUGUCCCCAAGGUCUACUUCUGAUAAGGGCAGUUUUGUUAAAUAUGUUAUCAACUUUGUGAAAGUCUGGACCAGCGAUCAAGAAUUGAAAGGGCACCGCACAAAGAAUGUAAACAUCUCAACCGUAGUUUGUCUAUUUUCGCUGUUUGUUUGCAAAGAUGUUACAUGGAUCACGCUAUCUUGCUUUUCUCUUGGUCAGGUUGUAGAAGAUAGAGGAAUAUGCAGCAUCUGGCGGCCAAUCUGCCCAGAAGGGUAUAUCUCAGUUGGGGAUAUAGCUCGUAUUGGAACCCAUCCGCCAAAUGUUGCUGCAGUAUAUCAGAACACAGACAGACUAUUUGCACUCCCUUUGGGCUAUGAUUUGGUUUGGAGAAACUGUGCUGAUGAUUACAUGAGUCCGGUAUCGAUUUGGCGACCACGACCUCCAGAAGGCUAUGUUUCUGUUGGUUGUGUUGCCAUUUCCAGUUUUACAGAGCCAGAACCCAAUGUUGUCUACUGCAUUGCGGAAUCAAUUGGCGAGGAAACGACAUUUGAAGAAGAGCAGGUGUGGUCUGCACCAGAGUCGUACCCUUGGACUUGUUGCGUUUAUCAAGUGUGCAGUCCGGCCCUUCAUUUUGUAGCGUUACGGCAGCCGAGGGAGGAAGCAGGAUGGAAGCCUAUGAGAGUGAUGGAUGACUCCUCUCGUACGUCAGAAGCGUCAUCAUCGUCAGUGCGUGGUCAUUGAUAUCCAUUUCACUGUUUAUGUAAACAAGAAAACUGUGUCUGCUUGCUGCUGUUUGAGUUUUAGAGGCGAAUUUUGUCCAGGAAAGGGAAUCGGAUUUAAAGCAGAGAAUAAUGUAAGGGUAUAUCGUAUAAAUCUGGUUUAUGAGUUGUUUUAACAUCAUUUUGGUAAAUGAGAAGAGAAAAACUUGC